AGUAACUCAAACCGCAGCACACCUGCCUGCUCCCCGAUCCUGCGCAAACGCUCCCGGUCCCCGACAACGCAGGACUCCCAAGGAGACGCCAUGGUGGAAAAAGGCUCAGACCACUCAUCAGACAAAUCCCCUUCCACGCCGGAGCAGGGUGUACAGCGUAGCUGUUCCUCUCAGUCAGGCCGCAGUGGGGCCAAGAACUCCAAGUCACACAAGCGCCUCUCCAAAAAAAGCCAGAGUUGGUAUAAUGUGUUGAGUCCAACAUACAAACAACGGAAUGAAGAUUUCAGGAAACUCUUCAAACAGCUUCCUGACACGGAGCGUCUCAUCGUAGAUUACUCAUGUGCGCUGCAAAGAGACAUUCUCCUGCAGGGCCGCCUCUACCUCUCUGAAAACUGGAUCUGCUUCUACAGCAACAUCUUCCGUUGGGAGACACUGCUGACAGUUCGCUUGAAGGAUAUCUGCUCGAUGACCAAGGAAAAAACAGCACGGCUCAUUCCUAAUGCCAUCCAAGUUUGCACUGACACUGAAAAGCACUUUUUUACUUCCUUUGGGGCUCGAGACAGGACGUACAUGAUGAUGUUCAGACUCUGGCAGAACGCUCUCCUUGACAAGCCUCUCUGUCCAAAGGAGCUCUGGCACUUUGUCCACCAAUGUUACGGGAACGAGCUGGGUCUGACCAGUGAUGAUGAAGACUACGUGCCUCCUGAUGAUGACUUCAACACAAUGGGCUACUGUGAAGAAAUCCCCGUGGAAGAGAAUGAAGUCAAUGACAGCUCCUCAAAAAGCAGCAUGGAGGCCAAGCCAGAAGCUAGCCCUCAGCUGCCAAAGAAAUCUGUCACUGCCAGCACACUGACAUCUACGGGAAGCAGUGAAGCGCCCGCCUCGUUUGAUGGAGUGCUACCAGAAGAGGAGGAGGCAGUGGCGGAGAGUCCUGUGGAAAAAGACCUUGGCAUUGCAAAUAUUAUGGGAGAGAAGAUAGAGAUCAUUGGCCCCGUGAGCUCCCCUUCCCUAGACUUCAAUGACAACGAAGACAUUCCCACUGAGCUCAGUGACUCGUCAGAGACCCAUGAUGAAGGGGAAGUCCAAGCCUUUUACGAGGAUCUGAACGGCCGCCAGUAUGUGAAUGAAGUGUUCAACUUCAGUGUGGACAAACUCUACGACUUGCUUUUCACGGACUCCCAGUUCCAGAGGGACUUCAUGGAACAGCGCCGGUUCUCUGAUAUUAUCUUUCAUCCCUGGAAGAAAGAAGAAAAUGGCAAUCAGACCAGAGUGAUCUUGUAUACCAUUACCCUCACCAACCCUCUGGCCCCCAAAACUGCCACUGUCACUGAGACACAGACAAUGUACAAAGCCAGCCAAGAAAGCGAGUGCUAUGUCAUAGAUGCAGAGGUGCUAACUCACGACGUCCCCUACCAUGAUUAUUUCUACACCAUUAACCGCUACACAUUGACUCGUGUUGCCAGAAACAAAAGCCGACUCAGGGUUUCCACAGAGUUACGUUACAGGAAACAGCCUUGGGGGCUGGUGAAAUCCUUCAUUGAGAAGAAUUUUUGGAGCGGCCUAGAUGAUUAUUUCCGUCAUUUGGAAAGUGAACUGACCAAAACCGAGAGCACGUACCUGGCCGAGGUCCACAGACAAUCCCCCAAAGAGAAAGUGAGCAAGCAAUCGACCGUGCGCCGUAGGAAACGGGCCCAUGCCCAUCUGCGGGUGCCACACUUGGAGGAGGUGCUGAGUCCCGUCACCACCCCCACAGAUGAGGAGGUCGCGCAUCGAAUCAAGCAUGUGGCAGGUUCCACUCAGACACGGCACAUCCCUGAGGAGAGCCCCAGCGGCUUCCACCUGCAGAGUGUCUCCAAGCUGCUCCUUGUCAUCAGUUUUGUGAUCUGUUUCAGCCUGGUGCUGCUGGUCAUUCUCAAUAUGAUGCUGUUCUACAAACUCUGGAUGUUGGAAUAUACUACGCAGACGCUCACGGCGUGGCAGGGCUUGCGGCUACAGGAAAGGUUACCCCAAUCUCAGACAGAAUGGGCCCAGUUACUAGAAUCUCAGCAGAAGUAUCAUGACUCAGAGCUACAAAAAUGGCGUGAGAUCAUCAAAUCCUCGGUGAUGCUUCUAGACCAGAUGAAGGAUUCACUAAUAAAUCUUCAGAAUGGCAUCGGGUCCCGGGACUUCGGGUCAGAUCCAGAGGAGAAACGGAAACGUUUCCACUAA